CUCCCCUCUUCCAAUCAGGGCAAUUCCCUAACUUUUCUCUUCUUCUCACAAGGCUAUAGUUCAAUAUCCCAUUCUGGAGCACAUAUCUCAUUUCAAAUUUCGACUCAGGGCUCCUCGACUUCAAGGCACUGCAACAAUUGUAAGCCCCCCACCCUGGAGUGCAUACUGGGACUGGGACAGGUCCACAGAUACGUGAGUGUAACUCGUCAACUAAGAGGAAGCGACAUCAUCCAGUAGUCUUCAGCAGCAGGGCUACGCAGAAACACACAGAGCAGCUAAUGGGAGCAGGGAAGCUGGCCCGGUUGCUGCUGGGAUGGGCGGCCGUUUGCUGGGCCGCGGUCCACACAGCGUAUGGCCAGGCAGGAGCGGGAGAUGGAGGGUACCAAGCCAGCCGCUUCACGGGGAAGGUGGACGAGAGGGAGGUGCAGAGGGUUCGCCGGAGAGGCCAGGAGACACUCAGAGGGCCCAAUGUGUGUGGCUCUCGCUUCCACUCCUACUGUUGCCCUGGCUGGAAGACUCUGCCUGGAGGGAACCAGUGUAUUGUCCCGAUCUGCCGUAACUCGUGCGGUGAUGGCUUCUGUUCCAGACCCAACAUGUGCACCUGCGGCAGUGGCCAGCUCUCCCCCAGCUGUGGGGCCGGAGCCGGAGCCGGAAUGCAGAGCUGUAAUGUCAGGUGUAUGAACGGAGGCAGCUGCCAAGAGGACUCCUGCUCCUGUCAGAAAGGCUACACCGGCAACCACUGUGGACAGCCUGUGUGUGAGAAUGGUUGCCAGAACGGCGGGCGCUGCAUUGGGCCCAACAGAUGUGCCUGUGUCUACGGCUUCACUGGGCCGCAGUGCGAGAGAGACUACCGGACUGGGCCCUGUUUCACGCAGGUCAACAAUCAGAUGUGCCAGGGCCAGUUGAGUGGCAUCGUGUGCACCAAGACAUUGUGCUGUGCCACCAUCGGACGGGCAUGGGGACACCCCUGUGAGAUGUGCCCCGCCCAGCCUCACCCCUGUCGCCGAGGCUUCAUCCCCAACAUCCGCAGUGGCGCGUGCCAGGAUGUGGAUGAGUGCCAGGCCAUCCCGGGGCUGUGUGCAGGAGGUAAUUGCAUCAACACAGUGGGCUCCUAUGAGUGUAAAUGUCCUGCGGGCCACCGCCAGAGUGACACCAGCCACAAGUGUGAAGAUAUUGACGAGUGCAGCACUAACCCAGGUGUUUGUGACGGAGGUGAAUGCACCAACACAGCCGGCAGCUACGUCUGCACCUGUCCCCGUGGUUACAUCACCAGCACUGACGGUGCCAGAUGUGUAGACCAGCGUGUGGGCACGUGUUUCUCAGCGCUAGCGAGUGGGCGCUGUGCAGGUGACCUGCAGGGCCAGUAUACCAAGAUGCAGUGCUGCUGUGACACGGGCCGCUGCUGGGCUUCUGGACAGAUCCCUGAGAUGUGCCCUGUCAGAGGGUCCGAUGAGUACAGAAGGCUGUGCAUCGAUGGGGUUCCCCAUGGCACAGGUAACGGAGGUUUCCCCCACGGAGUCUUCCCCAAUGGUGGUGGCAGCAACGGUAACGGUUACAGCUACGGCUACAAGCUCAACCCAAACGGACCUAAUGGCAAUGGUCACCAUGGCAACGGAGGAGGAAUUGGAGGAGGGGGACAGGGAGGAGGAGGAGGAAAUGGUUUCGGAGGAAACGGUGGGGGGCGUAAUAUCGUAUCACUCAAUGAGACCGUUGAUGUGUGUAAACAUUUCACCAACCUGUGUUUGAACGGACGCUGUAUCCCCACCCCGACCAGCUACCGCUGUGAAUGUAACAUGGGCUACAGACAGGAUGUACGCGGGGAGUGUAUCGAUGUGGAUGAGUGCGUCAGCAACCCCUGUGUCAAUGGAGACUGUGUCAACACACCUGGGUCGUACCACUGCAAGUGUCACGAAGGCUACCAGGGCACCCCCACCAAACAGGCCUGCAUUGAUAUUGACGAGUGCAUCGUGAACGGAGUGAUGUGUCGUAACGGACGUUGUGUCAACACUGGCGGAAGCUUCCAGUGCAUCUGCAACGCUGGCUUUGAACUCACUCCUGAUGGAAAGAACUGCAUAGAUCAUGAUGAGUGUGCCACCACCAACAUGUGUCUCAAUGGAAUGUGUAUCAAUGAGGAUGGUAGCUUCAAGUGUAUCUGUAAAUCUGGCUUUGCCCUGGCACCUAACGGACGCUACUGCACAGACAUUGAUGAGUGCCAGACCCCAGGCAUCUGUAUGAACGGACGCUGUCUCAACUCUGAGGGCUCCUUCCGCUGUGAGUGCCCGCCGGGCCUGGCCAUCGACGUGGACGGGAGAGUGUGUGUAGACACACACAUGCGCACCACCUGCUACGGCGCCAUCAAGAUGGGCACGUGCUCGCGGCCCUUCCCGGGAGCCGUCACCAAGUCCGAGUGCUGCUGUGCCAGUCCUGAACACGGCUUCGGAGAGCCCUGCCUGCCCUGCCCUGCCCGCAACUCAGCUGAGUUCCAGGCCGUGUGCAGCAGUGGGAUUGGCAUCACCGCUGACGGCAGAGACAUCAACGAGUGUGCCUUGGACCCUGACAUCUGUCAGAACGGCAUGUGUGAGAACCUGAGAGGGAGCUACCGCUGCAUCUGUAACAUCGGCUACGAGUCCGACUCCAGCGGAAAGAACUGCGUGGACAUCAACGAGUGUCUCGUGAACCGUCUGCUGUGUGACAACGGCCUGUGUAGAAACACCCCCGGCAGCUACACCUGCUCCUGUCCCAAAGGCUUCGUCUUCAAACCAGACUCUGAGACCUGCGAAGAUAUCAACGAGUGUGACUCCAGCCCGUGUGUCAACGGAAUCUGCCGCAACAUCGCCGGGUCCUUCAACUGCGAGUGUUCUCACGGCAGCAAGCUGGACUCCACCAACACCAUCUGCGUGGACAGCAUGAAAGGAACGUGCUGGCUGAAUAUCCAAGAUGGCCGCUGUGAGGUCAACAUCAACGGCGCCACACUCAAGUCUGAGUGCUGCUCUACGCUGGGAGCCGCCUGGGGCAGUCCUUGUGAACGCUGCGAGAUCGACACUGCCUGUUCCAGAGGGUUCGCUCGUAUGAAGGGAGUCAAUUGUGAAGACAUCAAUGAGUGUGAGGUGUUCCCGGGGGUGUGUACCAACGGGCGCUGUGUCAACACCCAGGGCUCCUUCCUCUGUGAGUGUGCUGAGGGUCUCACCCUGGACGGGAGCGGACGCACCUGCGUGGACGUGCGCAGCGAGCAGUGCUACAUGAAGUGGCACGAGGAUGAGUGUGGCGAACCGCUGCCCGGGCGCUACCGCGUGGACAUGUGCUGCUGCUCGGUGGGCGCGGCCUGGGGCAUCGACUGUGAGGAGUGUCCCAAGGCGGGAACCCCGGAGAACAAGGCCAUCUGCCCCCGAGGACCAGGCUUCGCCAACCGAGGAGACAUCCUGACUGGCAGACCCUUUUACAAAGAUGUGAAUGAGUGUAAGGUGUUCAGCGGCCUGUGUUCUCACGGAACGUGUCGCAACACCAUCGGCAGCUUCAAGUGUCGCUGCAGCAGCGGCUUCGCCCUCAACAUGGAGGAGAGGAACUGCACCGAUAUUGACGAAUGUCGUAUCUCUCCGGACCUGUGUGGCCACGGCACCUGUGUGAACACCCCCGGCAGCUUCGAGUGUGAAUGCUUCGAGGGCUACGAGAGCGGCUUCAUGAUGAUGAAGAACUGCAUGGAUAUUGAUGAGUGUGAGAGGAACACACUGCUGUGUCAAGGAGGCGCCUGUCUGAACACAGAGGGGAGUUACGAGUGUGAAUGUCCCCCCGGACACCAGCUGAGCCCCGACGGCUCCUCCUGCGAAGAUGUGAACGAGUGCCAGCUGAGCAACAACCUGUGUAAGAACGGCCACUGUGUCAACAUGGUGGGGAACUACCAGUGCUCCUGUGACACGGGCUACCAGGUUACACCAGACAGACAGGGCUGUGUGGAUAUUGAUGAAUGUACCAUCAUGAACGGCGGCUGUGACACACACUGUACCAACUCAGAGGGCAGCUACGAGUGCAGCUGUAGUGAGGGCUACGCUCUCAUGCCCGACCUCAGAACCUGCGCUGACAUUGAUGAGUGCGAGGACAGCCCUGAUAUCUGUGACGGGGGUCAGUGUACCAACGUCCCCGGAGAGUACCGCUGUCUCUGCUACGACGGAUUCAUGGCCUCCAUGGAUAUGAGGACCUGCAUUGAUGUGAACGAGUGUGAGCUGAACCCUAACAUCUGUCUGCAUGGGGACUGUGAGAACACCAAGGGAUCCUUCAUCUGUCACUGUCAGCUGGGAUACUUUGUCAAGAAGGGCUCCACCGGCUGCACAGAUAUUGAUGAGUGUGAGAUUGGAGCCCAUAACUGUGACAUGCAUGCUGCCUGCGUCAACGUCCCCGGAAGCUUCAAGUGUCGCUGUCGUGACGGCUGGGUGGGGGACGGCAUCAAGUGUGUGGACGUGGAUGAGUGUUCCACUGAGGAGCACAACUGCAACCUCAACGCAGACUGUGUCAACACCCCAGGCUCCUACCGCUGUGCCUGCAAGGAGGGCUUCAAUGGGGAUGGCUUCUCCUGUUCUGAUAUGGAUGAGUGUGCUGACAACGUGAACCUGUGUGAGAACGGCCAGUGUCUGAACGCUCCGGGUGGCUACCGCUGCGAGUGUGAGAUGGGCUUCACCCCUACUGAGGACAGCAAGGCCUGCCAGGACAUCGACGAGUGUAACUUCCAGAACAUCUGUGUGUUUGGAACGUGUCAGAACCUCCCGGGGAUGUUCCGGUGUGUGUGUGACGACGGCUACGAGCUGGACCGCAGCGGAGGAAACUGCACUGACAUUAACGAAUGUGCGGACCCUGUGAACUGCAUCAACGGCUUGUGUGUGAACACACCAGGAAGCUACCUGUGUAACUGCCCUCCGGACUUCGAGCUCAAUCCAACUGGAGUGGGCUGUGUGGACACACGAGUGGGCAACUGUUUCCUGGACACGUUGGCGCGUGGCGACGGCGGCAUCUCCUGCAGCGCUGAGAUCGGCGUGGGCGUAACCCGCGCCUCCUGCUGCUGCUCCCUAGGGGGAGCCUGGGGAAACCCCUGUGAACUCUGCCCCCCCAUCAACUCCACGGAGUACAAGACACUGUGUCCCGGAGGAGAGGGCUUCAGACCUAACCCCAUCACUGUCAUCCUGGAAGACAUUGAUGAGUGCCAGGAGCUGCCAGGCCUGUGCCAGGGUGGCAACUGUGUCAACACCUUCGGUAGCUUCCAGUGUGAGUGCCCCGCAGGCUACUACCUCAACGAGGAGACACGCAUCUGCGAGGAUAUUGAUGAGUGCACAGCCCACAUUGGAAUCUGUGGCCCUGGUACCUGCUACAACACCUUGGGGAACUACACCUGCGUGUGUCCUCCUGAGUACAUGCAGGUCAACGGAGGAAACAACUGCAUGGACAUGAGGAAGAGCGUGUGUUACCGCAACUUCAACGACACGUGUGAGAACGAGCUGUCGUUCAACAUGACCAAGAAGAUGUGCUGCUGUGCCUACAACGUGGGCAAAGCCUGGAACAAGCCCUGUGAAGCCUGCCCUACCCCUGUCACCUCGGAGUACCAGGUACUGUGUGGGAACCAGGCUCCUGGGUUCAUCAUAGACAUCCACACAGGCAAGCCCAUCGAUAUUGAUGAGUGUCGAGAGAUCCCGGGGAUAUGUGCACACGGAGCGUGUAUCAACCAGAUAGGAAGCUUCCGCUGUGAAUGUCCCAUGGGCUUCAGCUACAACAAUAUACUGCUCAUCUGUGAAGAUAUUGACGAGUGUAACAGCGGAGACAACCUGUGCCAACGCAACGCCAACUGUAUCAACUUCCCAGGGAGCUACCGCUGCGAGUGCUCACCAGGCUUCAAGCUGUCCCCAAGUGGGGCCUGCGUGGACCGCAACGAGUGCCAGGAGAUCCCUAACGUGUGUAGCCACGGAGAGUGUAUCGACACCCAGGGCAGCUACCGCUGUCUCUGCCACAACGGCUUCAAGGCCACCGCCGACCAGACAAUGUGCAUGGAUAUCGACGAGUGUGACAGACAGCCGUGUGGGAACGGAACCUGUAAGAACACAGUGGGCUCCUACAACUGUCUCUGCUUCCCUGGAUUCGAGCUCACGCACAACAAUGACUGCAUGGACAUUGAUGAGUGCAGUGCGUUGGUGGGUCAGGUGUGUAGGAACGGCCAGUGUAUCAACAGCCUGGGAUCCUUCCAGUGUCUCUGUCAGGAUGGCUACGAACUCACCCCAGACGGAAAAAACUGUGUCGAUAUCAAUGAGUGUGUGAGUCUUCCUGGUACCUGCUCUCCUGGAACCUGUCAGAACCUGGACGGGUCGUUCCGCUGUAUCUGCCCAACUGGAUACGAGGUCCAGAACGACCAGUGUAUAGAUAUCAACGAGUGUGAGGUGGAGCCCAAUAUUUGCCAGUUUGGCACGUGCACCAACACCCCAGGAAGCUUCCAGUGUAUCUGCCAGAAUGGCUUUGUCCUGUCGGACAAUGGGCGCCGCUGUUUUGAUACCAGAGAGAGCUUCUGUUUCACCCGCUUCGAGUCAGGCAAGUGUUCUGUGCCCAAGGCCUUCAACACCACCAAGGCCAAGUGCUGCUGCAGCAAGAUGCCAGGCGAGGGCUGGGGAGACCCGUGCGAGCUGUGCCCACACGAUAGCGAGGCGUCCUUUAAAAGCCUGUGUCCCUACGGCCAUGGAUCCCUGCCUGGACUUGGGGAAACCCGUGAGGACAUGAACGAGUGUCUGGACAACCCAGGCGUCUGUGUGAACGGUGUCUGUAUCAACACGGACGGAUCGUUCCGCUGCGAGUGUCCCUUUGGCUACAACCUGGACUAUACCGGGGUCAACUGUGUUGACACUGAUGAGUGCUCUAUAGGAAACCCCUGUGGUAACGGGACCUGUACUAAUGUGGUGGGAGGCUUUGAGUGCUCCUGUCAUGAAGGCUUCGAACCUGGCUCCAUGAUGACCUGUGAAGAUAUCAACGAGUGCUCUCUGAACCCCCUGCUGUGUGCCUUCCGCUGUGUCAAUACUUUUGGUUCCUACGAGUGCAUGUGUCCCUCGGGCUACGUGCUGCGAGACGACCACCGCAUGUGCAGAGACCAGGAUGAGUGUUCGGAGGGGCUGGAUGACUGUGAGUCCAAGGGCAUGUCCUGUAAGAACCUGAUUGGCACUUUCAUGUGUAUCUGCCCCCCUGGCAUGCAGCACAGACCUGACGGAGAUGGCUGCAUGGACCUGAAUGAGUGUCGCGCGAAGCCUGGCGUCUGUAAGAACGGGCGGUGUGAGAACACAGUGGGCAGCUACCGCUGUGUGUGCAACGAGGGCUUCCAGCCCAGCUCCACCGGAACGGACUGUAUCGAUAACCGACAGGGCUUCUGUUUCACCGAGGUGCUUCAGACUAUGUGUCAGCAGGGCUCCACCAACAGGAACAGUGUCACCAAAUCGGAGUGCUGCUGCAAUCUUGGGCGCGGCUGGGGACCCCAGUGUGAGCUCUGCCCACUGCCUGGCACCGUGCAGUACAAGAGGAUGUGCCCACUGGGACCCGGGUACACCACCGACGGCAGAGACAUCAAUGAGUGCACGGUGAUGCCAGACCUGUGUAAGAACGGCCAGUGCAUCAACACCAUCGGAUCGUUCCGCUGCCACUGCAACGUGGGUUAUACCACCGACUUCACCAGCACCUCCUGCAUUGAUAUGGAUGAGUGUUCCGCGUCUCCCAAGCCCUGUAACUUCCUGUGUAAGAACACAGAGGGCAGCUACCUGUGCUCCUGCCCCAGAGGAUACACUAUGCAGCCUGACGGAAAGACCUGCAAAGAUCUGGAUGAGUGUUCCACCAAGCAGCACAACUGUCAGUUCCUGUGUGUCAACACCAUCGGCGGUUUUACCUGCAAGUGUCCCGCAGGCUUCACCCAGCACCAAACCGCCUGCAUCGACAACAAUGAGUGUAAUGGGCAGAACAGUGUGUGUGGCUCCAGGGCUUCCUGCGUCAACACUCCCGGCAGCUUCAACUGUGACUGUGGGAAAGGCUUCUCUCUGGACACCACUGGCCUGGAGUGUGAAGAUGUGGAUGAGUGUGGCAGUAACCAUCGCUGUCAGCACGGCUGUCAGAACAUGAUGGGAGGGUUCCGCUGUGGCUGUCCUCAGGGCUAUGUACAACACUACCAGUGGAACCAGUGUGUGGAUGAGAAUGAGUGUUCGGGUGCAUCUGUGUGUGGCUCGGCCUCCUGCUACAACACCCUGGGCAGCUUUAAGUGUUUGUGUCCGUCCGGCUUUGACUUUGAACAGGGAGGGGGCGGCUGCCAGGAUGUCAAUGAGUGUUCCAUGGGCAGUAACCCCUGCAGCUUCGGCUGCUCCAACACAGACGGAGGAUACCUGUGUGGCUGUCCUGGAGGUUACUACAGGGCUGGACAGGGUCAUUGUAUAACGGGCCAGGGCUUCCAGGACCAGUAUAGCUCAGAGGGAGACGAUGAGGACAGUCUGUCUCCAGAGGCCUGCUACGAAUGUAAGAUCAACGGAGACGUCGGCAAGAAGGGACGACACAGACGUCACGCUGCUGGGGACAACGACCUCAAGGAGGUGAGCAUGGCCAGCGUGGACACCCAGGAGUCCAUCCCUAUGAACCUGAGCCUGGCCUUGCUGCUCAACAAGGAGCCCCUGCUGGAGCUGCUGCCGGCCCUGGAGCCCCUGGAGCACCAUGUGCGCUACGUCAUCACCCACGGCAACCAGGGCGAGCACUUUCGCCUGCUGGAGCGCCGCGACGGGAAAAGCGUGCUGAGGUUGGGCAGGAAGUCGCCUCCCCCUGGCUCCUACCGCCUGGAGAUCGCUAGUCUGCCCCUGUUCGGGCCGCGGCGCCUCCGACAGCUGGAGGAGGAACACGACAGCGACUACCUGCUGGGAGAGAUAGGAGACGCCCUGCGCAUCAAGCUGCACAUCCACCUGCACUGAGCUGCAAGCACUCCAACCCUCCCUAGGCUCCCUACUUUCUUCCCUUUCAGCCCCUGGACUGACUUUAUAAUGACCCCUCUGACCCUUGACCUUAACCCCAGGACCAUCCCCAACCAAUCGGGGUAGGGGGCUUUGAAAGACUGAGUCAACCAGCCCAACCACUUUUUAAUUGUCUAUGUUCUUCUUUUUUUUUUACCUCCCCCCCCCCCCCCCCCCGACCCACCCCUCCUAUUCCACUUGGAGAAGGAGUGGAGGAGAUUACAGAAAGGUAUGCCGUGUUUGGACCACAAACCCCUGCCAUUUUAGAUUUUACACACAAAAUGGCUGACGAGAAUCCAUGAAGCACUGGGAUAAGUGGAAAUGGAAGGAGAUGCACAAAAAGCAGAACAUGUUUGAAAUGGUAAAGAAAGUGUUAUAAAGUAUAAGGGAGAAGUAUUUUACUGUUGAGUUCGUGUAGGACAAUCUUCUUAUGGUGAAGUGGAAAUGUAAGAACCACUGAUUUGCUAGGAGACAAAUAGAGGUGUGUGUUGGUGAAUGGUGGUCCAAGCAGUCCCUCGCCUGUCUGUAAUCUCUGUGAAAUCACAACACUGGGGUUAGAGGUCAUGCUUCACCCUACUCAGUAUUCUAGUGUGUCAGUUAAUGUAUUGUAGUGUUAAAAAAAUGUUCACAAGAAGGACUGCAACAUUUACGCAACAUGUCAGGUUUCACACUAAUGUAAUGGAGAGUUGGUCAUCAUGCAUAGUAUCAAUUCUAGGAGUAAAACACCAGCUUUUUACUGUUUAUAAUCAUGCUUUCAUGUAAAGCAGUGGUAAGCAGGGACUCUCUGGUGUGAUGCCGUGUGCUACCGGCCUGUGUUCUGUUACCUCAAUUCUUCUCACUCAUCUCCUCCACUCACCAUACAUUAGCGCUGUUGUAAUGCCUCCGCUGGCCAGGAGAGGGCCACACUGUCCCUCAGCAUGAGCCAUGUCCAGAGACAGAGGUAGAAGUCGCCCCUAAUCACUGUUCCAGGUUCAGAUCUUGUUUUAUCUCCUAAAUGGUUGAGGUUAAGAUUGAGGUAGGAUAAUCUGAACCUAGCUCUGUGGUUAGGGGCAACGUCUACCUCGAGCCUUAGGUCCUCUCUCCAAUAGGCUGCCAGGACAUUGUACUGCAGUUUUAUUAUCAUGCACUGAAACUGCUCAUUGAAUUUAAUCAGGGAGAUUUGCUUCAAAAUGCAGCAAACAGGUCCUGAGGGAUUCAGCUUUUCUGAGAGUUGACAUUCUGACUGGCAGUGAGAACUCUUGGACGGCGGAACCAUCUGCUGCCCAUAGAGAAACAUAGCUGGGGAUAAAAGAUACUGUAACGACCUCAAUGGUACAUGACAACGCUACUGCAAACAGACAGUUAACGUUUGGGAUUUUUACAGAACACAUAAAUGCACACACAUAUACAACACACACACAGGUGAACUCUGAACCUUACUGAAAACAAGCAUCCAUCAGGGCAUACUUUGUUUUUUUUUCUCUCAACGAGAAAAAGGUGCUAAAUACUUCCCUCUUACGUUGUACAAAAAAAAGAUUGCGGUCUUGAAUCUUGAUUGCGGAAAAAAAAAGUGACAUUUUUACUAGGUUUUUUUUGUUGUUUUGUGUUUGUCUGUCUUUCGUAAUGUCUUAAUGCUGAGAACCAAUAUUAUCGAACUUGCUUCUUGAAAAUGUAAUUGUAUAUUUUUAAGUGAAAUGUAGUUGUUUUUGUUGUUGUUUUUAAAAAAAAGCGUCAAGGCUGCCCAAACCAAAUACUUAUUGUAAACCCAAGGUUGAAGUCCUUAAAGUGCUGGUGACUUUGUUCUGCUCAGAAAAAAAAGAUAAAAUCAAAUCCUAAAGUGGCAUCCAUUUUGUGAUCAUGCAGUAGAUUAGAACAUGGCCUUAAUGAAGUACCACUGUUUACCUAUCAUUGUCCUACUCAGCUCAUACUGUAGUCUCUGAGCUCAUAAUGCCGUCGGUUAGUGGGUGCAGAGUUCCAGCAGCCUGGUACUCGAUAAGUUUGUGCAACGGACCAUAGGUGUUGGCAAGACGGCACAAACAGAUCUUGGACCAGGCUAAAUUGAGUGUCAGUGACCAAAACACACAGCUACGGUAACAUUCUCACUCUACAGUAUGUCUCAGUAUUGUGAAGUUGACACUGUAACAAGCUUAUAGGAUCAACGCAAACUCAACGUGGCCAUCUAUCUCACACUGGCAGUGAGUGUCUCUGUUUAGUAACCUAUCUCUGGUGCUCAACUAUGAUUUUGCUCUCUGAACAUGCAAGGUUACUGCACUGUUCCCACAGCCUGGGCUAUAUUUAUGCAUAAAACAUUUAACAUGGGAACUUUGUAUCUGGUUUGUUAUUUUAUUUGCCACUAUGUUAAGGAAAGAAUGUGCGUGUGCAUACUGUAUCUCAGCUUCAGCGGCAACCUUGAACUUCGCUGUUAUCAACGCCCCAUCGGUCAAUGCUGAUUUGAAUUUAAGGGAGUAAAGAACUCAAACGUUAGAUCUUCAGAUGUUUUUAGGGGGGGGGGUGGGGGGGGGUGUAGAGAAUGUAGACUCAACACCUAUAGAUCUCUCAGUAGCCAGCUGAUGGUUUCAAUAAGAAUCAUUAAACCAUUACUCUAUCUGGGGCAAAACUGAACAUCCCUCACAAACUAGUCUUUUCCAAUUUUCAAAACUCUUAUUUUAUGCUGGGACAAAAUCCAUCCACCCAAGGUUUAUCAUCUAUUGGGUACACAUUUGCAAUCUAUCAAAUUUGGAUGAUUCUCAUUAUUUUGUAAACUUUUGUCAGUGACAUAAAUGGCAAUAAAAGUAUUGUGGGUUAUAUUUUUAAA